ACAAAAACCCAUUCAAUCCAUUCAAAAUCUGCUUCAAACCCAUUUAGCGAUCUCAAAUGGCCAAAUUAGGGUUUGCAUUUGGAGUUUUGAUAUGGGCAGUAAUGGCGUUGUCGUUGCACAAAAGUGAAGCCACUCAGUUCAUAGUUGGAGGAGCCAAGGGCUGGGGAGUUUCAAUGGCCCAAAGCUAUAAUCAAUGGGCAGAAGCUAACAGGUUCCAAAUUGGAGACUCUUUAGUUUUCAACUAUGCUGCUGAUCAAGACUCAGUGCUUCAAGUGACCCAAGAUGCCUACGCCAAUUGCAGCAUCCAAGCGCCAAUCAAACAGUACUCCGAUGGCCAUACUGUUUUCCAGUUUGACAAAUCAGGGGCUUACUAUUUCAUCAGUGGAAACAAAGCCCAUUGCCUCAAAGAUGAGAAGCUGGUGGUGGUUGUUUUGGCUGAUAGAACCAAUUCAACCACUUUGCCUCCUCCACCCUCAGCUCCGUCGCCUGCGCCACCAAAUGAUCAAACUUGGCCGCCUUCUCCUUCGCCAUCAGGGUCUAAUGAAACCAACCCGUCUCCGCCGCCGCCGACGGUUGAGAUCAGCCCAUCUCCUGCGCCUUCUGGCCAAGAGGCUCCACCUCCGACGGUUGAGAUCAGCCCUGCUGCUCCUAUAUCGCCACCUCCGAGUCUUGGAUAUUCGAUCAUUCCGAGCAGCAUUGGCUCCAUUGGAGCGUUUGUUGCUGCUGCUGCUGCUGCUAUCUUAGCUUGAAGGAAGAGAUGCUAUUUUUCUACUGAAAUAGAACCGCUACAUA